UCAAAAAAAUAUCACUUCAAAGUGGAAACAUCCUGGAAGCACCACACCAAACUCCCGCCAAAACUUACAUGUAUGGUGUUCGGACGAUUCUUUUUGCAAAGUAAUACGAACGGAGAACGAAAAAUAUGAAUGAAGAAGUAAAACAAAAGGUUGCCAAACUGUUGGAUGAAGCUUCCAAGCUUUUAGUAAGUGCCGAUUCACAACCAAGUAAUAUCAACAACCCUACUCCAAGAAGCAAUGCCGCCUCCAGCGGAUCCAGCACGGCCUCAAGUUCUUUAUCAUUUCCAUUGGGGGAAACGCUUCAGAGAGCACGCGGUAUGUUACAAGCAAGUUCUUCGUCUGGACUUUUCAGACGGUUGAAUAGAACUGAAAGAUUAAGAGCAUCGUCUCCUUAUCAGCAAAACCGACAGUCGAAAACUAAGCCAUCUAAGCAAAAAGUGAAGAAAGCGAUGGAGUUUUCAUUGCUUAGAUGUUGGGCGGAUGAUGAUGAGGAUGAACCGCAUCAUCUAAAGUGGGACUCAGUCCUGGCAAGUGGGAUGCUGACCAUUGAUGAAGACGACAACGAAAAAAGCAUCAGAAAGGCCAUAAAAGAUUCUCUUGCAUCAAAAAUUCCUGCCUUGGGUGAUAAUGAUUUUGAGUUUGUCAAAAUUAGACACAAGGCAAUCACAAAGCUUGAGCUGGGACCAGGAACAGAAUUUAAUUACGCUGUAGUAAAAAAAAUGGCUGGUCAAGGACAGAUUUAUGUCAAGGUGAAGCAAGGGUAUGACUUCCUGUAUGACUUAAAUAAGGAUGAUGAUGAUGAUGAUGAGUUAUUGAAGUCGUAUGUGGAACCUGAAAUUGAAAUUAUUAAUGUUGAUGCAACAAAGACAACAGAAAGUGCAGUUACCGCUCAUGCUGGUACACAACAGCCUACAGAAAAAGAUCCUGAGACUAUAAAAACAAUACAGCUCAACCAGGAAGAGACCUCACCCUGUGCCAAUCUUGUUGAUAACCUCAUUGAUGAAAUAACAAGUCAAAGUCUGCAUGACCCAGUUGAAAUCUUACGUUUCUUACAAAAGAACUUAGUGAAAGGAAGAGUGUUAGAUGUUGAAGAUACAUCAGAAAUCCCAGAAGGUGAAACUAACUAUAUUUGUGUUGAUAGACAUAAUAUAAUGGGAUCCACAUUUUCAGAGCUGGAGGCAAUACAAGAUUUUCAUGUCACAUUUGAAGUUGACUUUAUUGGUGAAAUGGCUAAAGACGUAGGAGGUCCUAGAAAAGAGUGGAUUCGUUUAAUGAAUGCAGCCAUGAAGGACAAGUACUUUGACAAAGGUCUCCGAGAGUAUCUAGCUGAUGAUUACUAUUAUGUGGGCAUCAUGAUUGGUAUUGCUUUGCUCCAAAAUGGCCAGCUGCCAACCUUUAUGCCCCAUGAUGUCAUUGAGAGUCUGGUCUCACCCAAUUUAAAUCCUUGCAUUGCUAAAUUAAGAGAGGGUCUAAAUGUUUUUGGCCUUGCAAGGAUAAUGGAGAAGUUCCCCAUCCUGCUCCAUUUACUCAGACACAACAACCAGACAUUAUCAGCAAAGAUGGUUCUUAAAUUGUUGGCACCCACUUUCUCUGAAGAAGGAUCAUCCAUGUAUUUUAAGGAAAAGGCAUUAUAUGCUUUGUUCGUGAAGUAUGUAAGGCAGGUUGCUAGUGGUAGGAGAGAACCAAUUACUUUAAGUUCUCUCUUAAUUUUUGCAACCUGUGCUUCUGAGGAACCACCACUUGGAUUUGUUGUUCAUCCAUCAAUUACAUUCACAUGUAAGGAUGAAGAGCCAAUGAAGGUAUCAAGCAAAUAUGAAUUUAUACCAAAGGCUCACACCUGUACUAACAACAUGGUCUUAUCCAUAGGAUCAAUCACGUCUGAGUUACCAAGUGAAGAAGAACUUUUUGAGGUUUUUGAUUUUGCUUUUGCGAAUGCUCACUUUGGAAAUGCGUAACUGAGCGUACACUACUAC